AUGGCGUCAUCUUCCGCCGUCACCGACCAGUUGUUCGGGACCCUAGGGCACACGGAAGGCGCGCUGUACCAGCUGCCACGUAAAAUCCCUCUUCGCAUCGAGCCCAAGACCUACUUUGCAAAUGAAAGGACGUUCCUGGCUUGGCUGAGCAUGGCCACCACGCUGGGCACCGUGGCCACUGCCAUCGCUGGCUUUUCAGUGGAGGAUGGGGAUGCCUCGGGGCGCAAGAGCUCCAUCAGCCCCCGCACCGUGGAGCUCAUCAGCAUGCUCCUCCUCCCCAUCUCCGUGGGCAUGAUUGUGUACGCCCUCUUCAUCUUCUACAGCCGCAGCGAGAACAUCCGGAAGAAGCGGAUUGGCUUCUUCGAUGAGAAGGUGGGGCCCCUGUCCGUCGCGAUAGUCGUCAUGAUAAGUCUGACGCUCAUUCUUGCAUCCGCCAUCAAGGAUGUGGUUUCGUCCCGAUAG